AUGACCACGGCCAGCCCAAGCCCACGACUGGGCGGAAUACCCAUGAAGUAUCUCUCACUGGUCGCACUGACUCUCCAGAACAGCCUGUUGACCAUCCUCUUGCACUACUCUCGGACCGCAUCCGACAACAAGGUUUACUCUGCUCCCGUCGCCGUCCUCCUCAGCGAGAUCCUCAAAUCUAUCAUCUCCUUCUCCAUCGCCCUCUUCAACUCGACCCGCUCCAGCCUCCAACCUCGCCUGCCCGGCUCACCCCACCAUCCCGCCGACCCGGCCGUCUACCAUGAUCGUCUCAAAUCUGAAACCUACCAUCAUUCCUACCGUCCCCUGCCAUCAACCCAUUCCACACCCCAACUUGCAUCAAUCAUCAUCACACAGAUCAAACUUAAUCUAUCGGCAAUCUUCAGGUAA